UGUCACGAAUCCCAGUCGGGUUCUGGGCGGGACUGCCACGGCGUUGCGGGCCGGGUGCGGCUCGGCGGUGGAGGACUCUCACUUCGUGCUCCAUCCCGGGCUGGGCCCCGGGGCGGUGAGUGAUCCGGGGAAGGAGACUGCGGCUGCAGCCCGGGCGCUGCUGAGGGGCGUGGAUGGGGCUCGCCCGCCGCCCCGGCGUUGUCUCUGCCGGGUCCUCGCGCUCGCCUUUCCGAGCCCGCGGGUCUUGCUGAGGAGUGGGGAGAGGAACUGAUGAUGUGGCUGGGGACUUCAGGGAUGAGUGCAUUACCUGGACACUGCUUAGAGAGUCCUCUUCAGGGAUACCACCCAGCACAGUUAGAAGAAUGGGCUCUCAAAGGGAUUUCUAGACCAAGUGCAAUCUCCCAGCUAGAGCAGAAGGAAGAGCCAUGGGCCCUACCACUCCAAAAUUUUGAGACUAGGAAGAUCCUGAGGGAAAGUCACACAGACUUUAAGAAUCAGGUGGUAAAACUCAAUCAGGACAUUUCUGAAACAGCAGAACAGUGUGGAACAUCCUCAGAAAGGGCCAAGAAAGAUAUUUCUCAUACUCCUCGUUGGGGAGGAAACUGGGAGAGGGGUCUUGAAUUAGAAGGACAGCAUGGAACCCUUCUAGGAAAGGGCCAGCAGGAGCCCUUUUCACAGGAGAAGGAAUUAAACAAGCUCCUGGAAGGAUAUAUAGGAAAGAAGCCGAUGUGUGCAGAAUGUGGAAAAAGCUUUAACCAGAGUUCCUAUCUCAUAAGACACCUAAGAACCCAUACCGGUGAGAGGCCUUAUAAAUGCAUGGAGUGUGGGAAAGGCUUCAAACAGAGUUCAGACCUUGUCACCCACCACAGAACACACACAGGGGAGAAACCCUACCAAUGCCAUGGAUGUGAGAAAAAAUUCAGCGACAGCUCAACCCUCAUCAAACAUCAGAGAACCCACACAGGUGAGAGACCCCAUGAGUGCCCAGAGUGUGGGAAGACUUUCGGACGGAAACCACACCUCAUAAUGCACCAAAGAACCCACACAGGAGAGAAGCCCUACACGUGCCUCGAGUGUCAUAAAAGCUUUAGUCGCAGCUCCAAUUUCAUCACCCACCAGAGGACCCACACGGGAGUGAAGCCUUACAGGUGUAAUGACUGUGGGGAGAGUUUCAGCCAGAGCUCGGAUUUGAUUAAGCACCAGAGAACCCACACAGGAGAACGGCCCUUUAAGUGCCCGGAGUGCGGGAAGGGCUUUAGAGAUAGUUCCCAUUUUGUGGCUCACAUGAGCACUCACUCAGGAGAAAGGCCGUUCAGUUGUCCUUACUGCCACAAAAGUUUCAGUCAGAGCUCGCAUCUGGUCACGCACCAGAGGACACACACAGGUGAGAGGCCUUUUCAGUGUGACAGUUGUGGGAAAGGAUUUGCCGACAGCUCUGCCCUCAUCAAGCACCAACGGAUCCACACAGGAGAAAGACCCUAUAAAUGUGGCGAGUGUGGGAAGAGCUUCAAUCAGAGCUCCCACUUCAUUACCCAUCAACGAAUCCACUUAGGAGACAGACCCUAUCGCUGUCCUGAGUGUGACAAAACCUUCAAUCAGCGUUCCCAUUUUCUCACACACCAGAGAACACAUACGGGAGAAAAACCGUUUCACUGUAGUAAAUGUGACAAGAGCUUCCGACAGAAGGCACACCUUUUAUGCCAUCAGAACACACAUUUGAUCUAGGAGAUAGUCUUUAAUGGUUCUUCUCCCUUCAAAUUUCCAUUGCUAUUAUCUUUAAGCGCUCCAAAUAGAGAAAACCUGAAACUGGGUGUUGGCGGCUCAAGUCGGGCCCUGAUCUGUUCUCUUUUACCGUGCUUUAAUGGCGAGGAUAAACCUACAGGGUCCAAAUAAUGUUCUGAACACAAAAGGCGUUCCUUCAGUGUUUUUGACUGACUCUUAGACAGAAAAAUGUGAGUUUAAUGCUUGAUGCCUGGUUACUAAAAGAGAAGUGAGAUAAAUGUAGUCACAUUCUCAUCAUUAAUGAUUCAUAUUUGAUAUCUUAUACAAAGCCCUUGAUACAAUGCCUGGCCUUUAAAAGACACUCAGUACAGGGUUGGUUGCUUUUAUCAGCCUUAUUACUCAAUGAGGAAUUUAUUAUUGCAGCCCCACAAGCCCAGAACUUGCAAGAAAUUAGACUGGAACUAGAAGAUUCGGGGUGUGAACACAUAGAUUUAAUAAAACAGAAAACACUCUCCUAAUCCAGUGCUAUGCAGUCACCAGAUGUCUCAUUGCCAUGACAAGGCAGAAUUAUCAUAGAGGAUGUCUGCAGUCUUGUGACUUGGAGACUAGAAGAAUUUUAGAAGCUCUUUGUACAGCUGUGUAUGAGGUACUCCCCCUGGAAGUUUGCUGCCAUCUGAGGCAUAGAAAAUAUCCUGUGAUGAACAGUCCAGAGGAACCUGGAUGAGGACUGUAAAAUUCUGGAAGCAAAGUUGCUGAGAAUGUUAAAUGAUAUUGCAGGGAUCCUUCCCGGCAUUUAGCUGAAGGAUGUAACCCUUGUUUUGUAAUUUGCUGGGUCACUGGCCCUUUAGUUGUAAGUUAACGCAAGUCUCUGAUCCUUUUAGGGUCAUUCAUUUUAUGCACUAGUAUACUCCUCUAUUUAAUUGAAGAAAUGGAGGGAAGGCAGUGUGUUGGAAGGCACACCGACUUCGUUGAGAAGGUGAGGUGUUUGUGUCUUGGCCCCUUGACACCUAAUUUGGCCAGACUUUCCCCUUCUCUCAGGCCCUACCCUACUUACCUCACAAGGUUAUUGUGAGGAUCUGAUACAUAUACACGCACAUGCACACACACGCAAGCACUUUGUUGUUAAACUAUAAAGUGUAAUACCUGUAAAGUUUAAUGUUAUGGUAUUGUUGCCAGUGUCUUUUCUUCCAAGGAGCUGUGGCUAAUGUUUCCAAAGGUGUCCCACUUUCAUAUUGAGGGACUUCUUUUUUUACCUAUUGAAAACCUAAGGCCUUCAAAUGCUCAACUCAUUAUGUGACUCAUUACGGGUCACGUGAUGAACUAACGGAAGAGCCAGGAUAUCUCUGCAGGUCUCCUCUUCAACAGCAUGGAACAGACCAGCUCUGGGAUUUGUUAGAGUGUCUCUGAGACACCACAGGCCUGGAGGACCCAUAUUAUAUCCAUCAAACCACUCUGAAUUUGGAAAUGAUGGAGGGAUGUAGCCUACGUGCCCGAGAGCUUUAUAGGGUCCUGUGCUGGGGUCCUCGAUCCUCAUGGCAGAUAUAAGUGGGUAAGGAGGGAGUUGGGUGUUGAACACUCCAGAGAGAAGAGUGGGGGACUGAAGGUGUUUUCUUUCAAGCUUUCCUGUGUCAAUACAGACUAAAUUAAUACAUCAGCCUUGGAACACUAGUUCUCUUCCAUUAUAUGGAGUGCCACCUGAGUGCUGUAACUCAUGCGGGGAUAGAACUCAGCUGAUAACCUAAACUCUUUCUUUAAUAGGUAAUUAUCAGAAAAAAAAAAUCUGGGGCUUCCCUGGUGGCGCAGUGGUUG